AAACUCGUCACUUGUGCGCAUGUCCAGUAGUCCCUUGCGUGUUUUCCCUGCUGAGACAGCUGCUAGAAAUGUGAAUUCCUCAGUGUUUCUAAUUGUAGUCCGUCUUUUCGGUCAGCAUGAAAACAAGAUUCACCACCGUGGAUAUCAGGGCAGUUAUUGCCGAGAUCAGUGCUAACUACCUUGGCAUGAGAGUAAACAACGUGUAUGACAUCGACACCAAGACGUAUCUGAUCCGUCUGCAAAAGCCUGACUGCAAAGCUAUCCUCCUGAUUGAGUCUGGGACCCGGAUUCACUCCACAGACUUUGAAUGGCCCAAGAACAUGAUGCCUUCGGGCUUUGCGAUGAAAUGUCGAAAACACCUCAAGUCCCGGCGGUUGACCCAGGUUAAGCAGCUUGGGAUUGACAGAAUUGUUGACAUCCAGUUUGGCUCAGAUGAGGCUGCCUACCACUUGAUUAUUGAACUGUAUGACAGGGGUAACGUCAUUCUCACAGACUAUGAGUACACCAUCCUGAACCUACUGAGGUUUCGUACAGCGGACGCAGAAGAUGUUAAGAUUGCCGUAAGAGAGCGGUACCCUGUGGAGAACGCCCGACCCCCUGAACCUCUCUUCAGUUUAGACCGACUGACUGAAAUCCUCAGCAAAGCACCGAAUGGAGACCAAGUUAAAAGGGUCCUGAACCCUCACCUUCCUUAUGGAGCGACUCUGAUAGAACACAGUUUGAUAGAGGCCGGACUGCCGGGCUCGGUCAAAGUUGACGGUCAAGUGGAUGCAGUUGCACCUAAAAUCCUGGAAGCCCUGCAGAUUGCAGAAACCUAUAUGGAAAAAACAGAACACUUCAGUGGCAAAGGCUACAUCAUUCAAAAGAGUGAGAAGAAACCAAGCUUAACUCCUGACAAACCCAGUGAAGAACUGCUCACAUAUGAUGAAUUCCACCCAUUCCUCUUUGCCCAGCAUAGAAAGAGCCCCUAUUUGGAGUUUGAUACUUUUGAUAAGGCAGUGGAUGAGUUCUAUUCCAAGAUGGAGAGUCAGAGGAUUGACAUGAAGGCCUUGCAGCAGGAGAAACACGCGAUGAAGAAGUUGGAAAAUGUGAAGAGGGACCACGAGCAGAGGCUGGAGGCCUUGCACCAAACACAGGAGGUGGACAGAAUAAAGGGCGAGCUGGUGGAGAUGAACAUGCCUGUGGUAGAGAGGGCGCUGCAGGUGGUGCGCAGUGCACUGGCCAAUCAGGUGGACUGGACUGAGAUCGGCAUUAUCGUCAAAGAGGCUCAGGCUGCUGGUGACCCGGUGGCCUGCGCCAUCAAGGAGCUGAAGCUGCAGACCAACCAUAUCACCAUGCUUUUAAAGAAUCCAUAUAUUUCUGAGGAAGACCAAGCAGAGGAAGAGAAAAAAGAUGCGGUGGAGGAGAAAGGGAAGAAAAACAAAAAUAAAGACAAAGGACAGAAAAAGUUGCAAAGGAACAAGCCAACAUUAGUAGAUGUGGAUCUUGGCCUGUCGGCUUAUGCCAAUGCCAAAAAGUACUAUGACUUCAAACGCAGUGCUGAAAAGAAAGAACAUAAAACUAUGGAAGCGGCAGGAAAGGCUAUGAAAUCUGCCGAGAAAAAAACCCAGCAAACACUGAAAGAGGUGCAGACUGUGACCACCAUUCAGAAGGCCAGGAAAGUCUACUGGUUUGAGAAGUUUUUGUGGUUCAUCAGCUCGGAGAACUAUCUCAUCAUCGCAGGAAGGGAUCAGCAGCAGAACGAGAUGAUUGUCAAACGCUACCUCCGUGCGGGUGAUAUUUAUAUUCAUGCCGACCUCCAUGGAGCGACUAGCUGUGUCAUCAAAAACCCCUCAGGUGUCCCCGUCCCUCCUCGUACCCUGACAGAAGCUGGCACGAUGUCUGUGUGCUACAGUGCUGCUUGGGAUGCCAAGAUCAUCACCAGUGCUUGGUGGGUUCAUCAUCAUCAGGUGUCUAAGACGGCUCCCACUGGAGAGUACCUGACCACUGGAAGUUUCAUGAUCAGAGGAAAGAAAAACUUUCUGCCACCCUCUUACUUGAUUAUGGGCUUCGGAUUUCUCUUCAAGGUCGACGAGCAGAGUCUGUUUCGGCACCGAGGGGAGAGAAAGGUGAAGACCAUAGAGGAGGACAUGCAGGAUGUCGCAUCGAGAGCUGCCGAGCUGUUGGUGGAGGAAGAAGAGCUGAUAGGUGAUGACAGCAGUAAUGAAGAUCCGGAGGAGGAAAGAGAGGCAGGAGAUGGAGGGGUGAAAAAGAUGACUAAAAAGGUGGUUGGGGGGGAUGAUGGUGCGAGUGCAGAACUUGCCGCUGUUCCUGAAGAGGACAACUUGGAGGCAGAGAAGAGUGGAGAGGAAGACCACGAGGAGGAAAAGGAGCUGAAGAAUGAGCAGAGCGAAGAAUUCAGCUUUCCGGAUACAACCAUCUCCCUGUCUCAUUUACAGCCCAGCAGAAAUACUCAGAACCCAGGUUUCAAAAAGGAUCCGAGCACUCAGGCUGAGGUAGACUCACAUGGGAGGGAACACGUGACUGCGAAGAAAAGAAGAGAAGACAAGAAGCAGAAAAAGGAAGAUUGCGACAGUGAAGAGAAGACUGAGAUUCCGUCUGCUGCAUCAGCAGCUGAUCAGGGAUCCAAAGGUGGAGCAGGUCCCUCCCAGCAGCCACCGAAGAGAGGUCAACGGAACAAGUUAAAGAAGAUCAAAGAGAAGUACAAAGACCAGGAUGAGGAGGACAGGGAGCUGAGGAUGCAGCUGCUUGGGUCAGCUGGUUCCGCUAAGGAAGAGAAGGAUAAGGGGAAGAAAGGAAAGAAGGGGAAAGGGAAGGGGAAAGACGAAGCCGCCAAGAAACCAGCCCCUCAGAAACCACCCCCGAAACCUCGUAUUGAGGAGAUUGCAGCAAAGAAACCAGAGCAGGCAGUAGCAGUGGAGGGUGAUGAGGAGAGACCGCCUGGAGAGGAGGGAGGUCCAGCUGAACAGGAGGACAAGGAAGAUGAGGUGGACCAGGACAACCCCGGAGCAGAGGAAGCAGAGAAUCUGCUCACCUCUCUGUCGGGCCAGCCUCAUCCUGAAGAUGUGCUGCUGUUUGCUGUGCCAGUCUGUGCUCCAUACACGGCCCUUUCCAACUACAAACACAAGGUGAAAUUGACACCAGGUGCUCAGAAGAAAGGGAAAGCUGCACGUACUGCAGUGUUUAGCUUCAUGAAAGCCAGAGAUUCCUCAACCAGAGAGAAAGACCUGUUCCGCAGUGUCAAGGACACGGAUCUAUCCAGAAAUAUUCCAGGCAAAGUUAAAGUGUCUGCUCCAAACCUGCUGUCUGUCAAGAAGAAAUAAGAGACAAAUGAAUACAGCUGUGGGACUUUGCCUGUUUCCAGCACGAGAGAUCUGAUCACAGUACCCUUGUCAGGAAUAAUUAUUUUAAAUAUUGAUUGUAUUUGUUGACCAACCAUUAGUUUGAAAUGAAAACAUGUAAAUGAAUAGUGCACAACUCA